UGUUUUUAUGUUUAUCAAUUUUGAAUUUACAUUCUUCAUCUUAAAAUUCAUGAUUAAAUAAUAAUAAUAAUAUUACGAUUGAUUUUAUUUUUAUUGAUUGUCCAUACUAGAAUAUCGUAUCCCGAUCAUGUCUAUAACUUAUAUACCUCGAGUAACUCAGUUAGAUUCUAUUCAACUUGAUAAAGAGCUAGAGGAUUUAUUGAAACAAUUACUGUUUCAGGCAACCAAAUAUUUUGAGCCUGGUGUACUGCAACCUCUAUUGCCUGAGCUUGACCUACUUAUAAGGACAUGGAUUUUUAAAAAUUCAAUAAGUGAGAAAUCAUGUACAUUUGGCCAGCAAAUGUUGUCUUUGAAAUAUAAAACAGACAAUUUUUCAAAAAGAAAACUAUAUUGGUAUUUCUUUUACACUAUAGGCCUGAGAUAUAUGAGAGACAGAGCAAUGUAUAGUUUCACAACAAAUACAAAUAUACAAAACUUUUUCAAUAGAAUGGAGACAUUCCAGUUAAUUUGGGAGAUCAUUAACUUUUUACGUUUUAUACAAAGUGGUAAACAUCCAGCUCUGAUUGAUUUCAUACUGGGUCUUGAAUUGACAGCCGAUAAACUUACACGGGAAGAUCUUACAGACUUCUCUUGGACAAGAGAGUUGCUGUGGCAUAAUCUAAUAGAGUUAAUAGGUACUGUUCUUUCACUAGUAAACAUGUUUGGAUUGAGACAAAGGAUGUCAAAAAUGUUAAAAUACAUGUGGUGGAGAAGUCACCCCGGUCCAUUGUCAAAAAGCAGUCCUGCUUCUAUGACAAUACACACUAAAUGUGCCUGUUGUUCAGAAAAGCCAAUUUUGCCACACAUAAUGGGAUGUUCACACAUCUUCUGCUAUUAUUGCUUGAUGGCUAACAAAACAGCAGAUCAAGAUUUCGUUUGCCCCAAAUGUUACUAUAAUGGAAGACAAGUAACGAAAUUUGUCAUGACGUAAAGUAUAAAUUAAUUAGGCAAAUAUAAAUUAUUAUUAUUUUUAAUGACAAUAAGGUGGACAUUUUCUAUCUACUAUUUAACCUCCUAAAUAUGAUAAAUUUGACUACUAUGUGUGUCCGUGUGCAUAUGGGACCAUAGCUCUUAGACGGGUGAUCCAAUAUAUAGAAGUUUUUUAUAUGAAAGCUGGCCUUUCAUUGAUAGUUCCUAGACAUGUUUUAUCAAAAUAAAUUCAGCCAUUUAUUUGCAGGGUAAAAAUUGGGAUGAAGAAGUGGGAAAAUAAUAUCAUGACAAAUCUUUAGAGUUUAAAAACUCAAAAGAUUUGUUAUGAGAACAAUUGAAUAAUUUUAAUUUUGACUUAUUAUAUUUUAUAAAGAUUUUAUUUCUGAUGUAUUGUUAUGUAAAAUAAUGUACAUACUUUAUAUAUAAGCAAGUAAAACUGUUUGUCGCCGAUAUCUUUCUUGCGAUUGGUUGGUUGCGUAACUGUCAAAGCCAAAAAAGUGUAGUUUGUGAUAAUAGGAUAUUAAAUUAAACAAUUUUCUGUU